UCCUGUCCUGUAAUAAAAGUACUAGUCAAACAUUUCCCCUUCUCUCUCUAGUCUCUAGCCACCAACAACAACAAACAAUUUCUAGAGAGAGAAACUCAACUAAAAUUCACAUAAACCCUAGAGCCCCAAAGAUGAAGCUACUAUAACUGAACUAUACACACACAUAUAUAUGCAUCAGAUACCUCGAUUAUUUAACCACAAGUCAAUGGAGUCAAAGCACAAGAAAGCUCGAAAGCCCAAGCUCGAUCGUCGAAACGCGCUCAAAAACGUCGAUUACGAGCCUUCUACGUCCAACUCGGGCUCCUUUGUCUCGCCUGACUCACCGAUCCGGACUCGCUCGCUUGAUAUACCUCCGUUUAACGAUCGGACGAGCUUUCGAAUUGAAGGGAUUGAUGGAGAGUUUGAUGUGAUUUGUCAGAGUUUGGGACUUUCGGGACCGGAUGAUUUUGCGAUUCCGGCUGCUGAAUGGGAGUCCCGGAAGCUCCGAUCGUCUUCGGAUAUUUUGCCGCGGUCGAGGUUGAAUAAUUUGGAUAUGAGCUUUAGAGUUAGUGAAUUGAGUGAUAAUUUUAGUGAAAAUGUGCGUGUUCGUGAUCGUGAUGGUGAUGCUGUGGGCGAGGAGUCUGGUAGGAUUAGUAAGGCGAAUGUUGGUGAUCGUGGUGAGGUGGACAAGGAGUCUGUUAGGAUUAGUAAAGGUAUUGUGAGUGAUCGUGAUGACGGGGACAAGGGGUCUGUUGGAGUUAGUAAGAUGAAUGUUAGUAAUCGUGGUGAGGCGGAUAAGGAGUUUGUUAGGGUUGGUAAUGUUAGAGGGAUUAAUGGUGCUAGGCCUCCGGUUUUGACGCCUCCUCCGGCUAUUGCGUUGCCGGUUAUUGAUCAUAAUAGCUCUACUUGGGAUAUUAUGAGGUCGUUUGCGCCGGAUGGUGAUGAGAGGGAUGAGCUUGCGUAUGGAAGAGGUGGUAUUAGUACUGAUGAGGAUGAUGGUGAUGCCGGAGAGAAUGAAGAGAGUGGUGAGGGAGAGAGGAAUGUCGUUUCGGAGGAUAAUUUGUUCACUACUUCUAAUGAAGAUGAUUCCUCUAGUACUACUACUGAGCCUCCUUCAAAUGUUUCGCCUCAAGGGAAAUCUAGACUGAUUAUUAGCUCUUGGGAGAAGGGGAAGCUAUUGGGACGUGGCUCAUUCGGAUCAGUAUAUGAAGGAAUAGCGGAUGGUGGCUUCUUUUUCGCUGUGAAAGAAGUUUCUUUGCUUGACCAAGGGGAUCAAGGAAGGCAAAGUAUUUCCCAACUGGAACAGGAAAUUGAUCUUCUGAGUAAACUCGAGCAUGAAAACAUAGUUCGGUAUCUUGGUACUGAACAGACUGAAUCAACUCUUUAUAUCUUUCUUCAAUUGGCAAGCAAAGGAUCUCUUUUGAGUCUCUAUCAGCAGUAUCACCUUCAAGAUUCCCAAGUCUCUGUUUACACGAGGCAGAUAAUUAAUGGUCUGAAGUAUCUGCAUGACAGAAAUGUUGUUCACAGGGAUAUCAAAUGUGCAAAUAUAUUGGUUGAUACUAAUGGGACGGUGAAACUCGCUGACUUUGGUUUAGCAAAGGCCACUAAGUUGAAUGAUGUGCAAUCUUGCAAGGGAACGGCUUUCUGGAUGGCUCCUGAGGUUGUUAAAAGGAGCCAGGGUUAUGGGUUGGCAGCAGAUAUAUGGAGUCUUGGGUGUACUGUUUUGGAGCUGUUGACUGGUCAACUCCCGUACCACCCUUUGGAUGGUUAUAAUUUGUUGGCUUGGUCUAACUACAGAGAGCAUGAACCGAAGAUAAUCUUUUUUGUUCAGAUGCAGGCAGUAUAUAGGAUUGGGAGGAGUAUGCCGCCACCAGUUCCUGAUUCUCUAUCCAGAGAUGCACGAGAUUUCAUCCUCAAGUGCCUACAGGUGAACCCAUUUUCCCGCCCCACAGCCGCUCAGCUGUUGGAUCAUCCCUUUGUAAAGAGAUCACUUCAUUCGUCAUCAUCAGGAUCAACAUAUCCUCGCACACAGGCUUAGAGAUCAUAUUUAACUGGAAGGGAAAUGAGAAUAAGGAAUCUGCUAUCACUGUUGGAUAUUUCUGCUGGAUUUUAAGUUACACACUACUUCGAGAAGCAUAAGUUGAGCCUUGUGCAGGGAUAGCAUAACAUGUUAUGACAAGCAUGCUGUUUGAGCUAUCGAAGCUCGGUCAUUGAAUAGGUAAUGUUAUGCAGGCUAACUUCGACAAACUUACUUUGAUGCUGAUCCUUGUCCAUCGUAGCCUGGUCUCUGUGUGAAACUUCCAGAUUGGAUGCUAGCCUAAUUCAGACAGAUGCAGGAAGUAUCUUUCUUCUGAAAAAGAUAUAGUAUUGUGUGUGCUCAUUAUGUAGCAUUUGCCAUGAUGUUGAGAUGCGGGGUUCAAUGGUGAUUCAGCAAAGGCUGCAUCCUUGGACAGCUGGAAUGUGAAUAUUUAUAUUUGUAAAAGCCUAGAAAUUAGUAGAUAUUUGUUCGCUUUUGUAAUAUUGAGAAUAUAUUUUUUUAGUCUUCUUUUUCUCUCUACUUUUGCUUAUAAUUCGAGCCUAGUCUUCAGUCAUGUUUAGAGCUUCUGAUCCAUUUGUUGAAAAAGAGAUAUGACUGUAUGAGUUGUAUCUUUUCUGUUUUUGUUUGAUCACA